GCCCUGGCAGGAGCCAGAGCCCGGCAGCCGAGGCUGCAGCCAGCUGUCUGCUGUCCCCUACCUGCACCGUCACCCAGCCACAGCACUGGCACCGGCCCCGCUGCUCCCCCGAGGGGGGAAAUAGGCGAGAGGGAGCUGAGGGAGGUGCACUGCAGAGGGAUCCCAGACAACCCAGGUCAUAAAGAAGAAAUACAAGUUGGGGAAGGAAGAGGGAAGGAAGGCGUGAAGAAGAGAGGAUUAUGUAGCAGUGGGAAGCUAGUCCAGGUGAUGACCUGAAAAGAUCAUGUCUGAGGUCCAGGGAACAGUCGAGUUUUCUGUGGAGCUACACAAAUUCCAUAAUGUGGACCUCUUCCAGAGAGGGUAUUACCAGAUAAGAGCUGGACUAAAGAUCCCAUCCAGGAUUCCCCACAGGCUCUUUGCUACAAUUGCAGGACAGACAGGUGAUUCCAGCCUUUGCUCAGCCUACGUUCAUGAAAACAACGUUUACAGCAGGAUAUUUCAGAUUUUGUACAGAAAUGAAGAGAUCAUUCUUAAUGAAUCAAUGAACUUCAGAGUCCACCUGCUUCUGGAUGGCGAAAGGGUGGAAGAUGCAUUAAGUGAGGCAGAUUUUCAGCUCAAGUUGGACCUGCACUUUACAGAUAGCGAACAACAGCUGAGAGAUGUUCCAACAAUCCCCAUGAUCAGCAGCCGUACACUGUGUCUUCACUUCCACCCCCAGAGAGGUCUGCACCACCAUGUUCCUGUCAUGUUUGACUAUUUCCACCUGUCAGUGAUAUCCGUCACGGUGCAUGCGUCACUGGUGGCAUUACACCAGCCUCUGAUCAGUUUUGCUCGCCCAGGGAAAGGUUCAUGGCUUGGUAAAGGCAACCUGGAGGCAGGACCAGACCAGUCCAGUAUGUCAUUGGAAAAUCUAGUGUUUGGAGCAGGCUACUGCAGACCCACUUCUUCAGAGGGCAGUUUUUAUGUCCCAUCUGAAAACUGCAUGCAGCAUGCAUAUAAAUGGCAUAAGGACCUCUGUCUUCUGCUCUUGAAUGCUCAAAGAGGACUUCAUGUGUACUACACCCUCAUAAUGAAGGAGAUUCCUGAUUUACCACAGUUGAAGUUGGAGGAGCUAUCUGUAGAAGAGACGUUAUCUCAGCUUUGUACGGAGCUGCAGCUGCUGAGCAAUCCAGAGAAGAUAGCAGAACAGAUAAGUAAGGACCUCGCCUGGCUUUGCUCCCACCUCCUGUCCCUGUGGACCCAAUUCCUGGAAGUGGCAACGCUCCAUCCAGAAGUUACAGCUUACCUGACUCAGGAACAUCACAUGCUAAGGGUGAGGAGAUUCUCAGAAGCCUUCUUCUACACCGAGCACCAGAAACUCGCUGUGCUGACAUUCCAGGAAGGCCUGAUCCAAAGUCACGGACAGAUUUCUACAGAAAUUCGUAAUUCGGAGUACUUUACCAGCAUGCCCCCACUCCCAGCAGAAUGCCUUGACAUAGAUGGGGACUGGAACACGCUCCCAGUUAUCUUUGAAGAUAGGUACAUGGAUAUGCCUUGCAAAGAUCAGAAUUUGGAAGUUUUCCGAGAUUUUGAGGUUCCUGCAAAUACUCAAAUGGACGUAAUACGUGACAAUGAUGAUUUUGUAUCAAAUGAUGCCACUGCAGUAAUGAAAGGAGAGUUCAGGAAAGGUACUCUAGUAAUACACACAGAUAGGAUAAAUGGGAAUCCCUCCUGCAUAUACAGUGGUACUGAAGGUGCUGCUUAUCCAGCUAAGGGAUUAAACCAGCACUCCACAUCUCAGGUAUGUACAGUGAACAAAGAAAGCCAAAGGAAAACUGAAAAUAUUUUUGUUUCACGUAAGGAAACUACUUCUGACUCAGAGCCAGGCAAUAUAAAAUGCACAUCAGAAGACUUUGAAACACCCGAGGAAGUUUUAUUAAAAGACAAUAGACUUACGGUGGAUGUUACCUUUGAAAAUACGAAAUCUAGCAAUAAGGAUUCCCACAAAAGUGAGCCCAGGUUAGUUGUCAGUGCUCAGUAUGAGUGUGGAGCAUGUGGAGCUGAUGGUUUGGAAGACAGGACUGAAAUACAUGAAACAGACGAAUCUAGUCAUCCUGAGAAUAAUUUCCCAUCAUCUGAGCUUCCACUGAAUGAAUUGACCAGUCUUGAAAAGACAGGAGAUCCAGACACCAAGGCUCUGCUCCCUGUUUUGAAAGCUUUGCCCCCACACAGCUUUGAAGUGAAAUUGUUCACAAAGGAGCAACGAGGUGAGGAGUGUGAAGAAUUUACCCUGAUGUCAGGGGUUAUAAAAAGAUCUUCCUCUAUAAUAUCUGAUUCAGGCAUUGAAAGUGAACCAAGUUCAGUGGCAUGGUCUGAUGCUCGUAGUCGGGCACUGGAGCUGCCCAGCGAUCGAGAGAUUCUACAGCACUUGGUACGAAGGCAUGCCAUCCACCGGAAUUCCCUGGAGGGUGGCCACACAGAAAGCAAUACCAGCUUGCCCAGUGGGAUCCAAGCGUCACUCACAUCCAUCAGCUCUCUGCCCUUUGAAGAAGAGGAGAGGGAAGUGGAGCUUACCAAACUGACAAAAUCUGUCUCAGCUCCUCAGAUCAGUAGCCCAGAAGAGCCUGCGGAGGAAGUAGAUAUAUCCAAACACAGUGAAUCAACCUUGGGAGAUUCAGGAGGAAACUUAAAAAGUUGCCCAGAAACAGAGAGUGGAGAUGGAAAGUUAACUGUGGACUUUUCUGCGUGUCAAAUCACCAAUGAAAGUGGACAGCCAGAACCAAGAGAACAUCCCAAACCCUCUGUCAAACACAGUAGCAGUAACAUUGAGUUACAAGGGGAGGAGGAGAAGGAAGGUUUUCCAGAGACUUAUUUGGAAAACACAAGGUCACCCAUUUGUCCAAAACAGCUCCAAGAUAAUGUAUCUGAAUGCCAGUCACUGGAGAGCAAUGGUGAGUGCAGCUUAAAAACACCAAGGGCUUGUAAUUACUCGGAUGAAGAUAUAGAGAAGUUUGAUACAUGCAUUGAGGAUCCCAAGGAUAAAUUUAAGCUGGACAGUUUAAAAAUACAAGGCUUUUACUCCAAUAGCAGAAUUUCAGGACCGGAGAGUUUCUCCCAAAGCAUAAAGUUGGUACCAGAUUUUUGCUACCCUGUUCCAGCUCCUUCGGAGACCUCAACCGAAUUUGGCUCAAUGCAAGGGGAGUGUGGUAGCUCUCUAGGUGACGAGAGCCCAGCAGUGUAUGCAGAAAUGCAGGGCUUACAAGAAAUUGAGCUCAACGACUCACCUGCCUCAGCAGACCCUGCAACAGGAUCCUACCAGGCUGAAUAUCCUCAGGAACCCAACGGCCAAGAGCAUAAACUUGUAGCUAAUGGUACGGGGUUUCAUUUGGCAACGACAGAGGGAGUAGCCCUGGAAAGCAGGAAGGCUGUUGAUGUGGUUAACCUGUCCGUCUCUUGCACUGCCACGUGUCUUCCCUUUUCUUCUGUGCUCAAAGAGACCCCUGCUAUGGUCGGCUUCUCUGCAAAGCAGGCUGCCUUCCCCAUCACUCGCCAGCCUCUGGGCUCCUUCGGAGUUGUCUCUUCUAAUUCAAAUGAGAUGGAUGAAGAGACAAAUGAAAGGAUGCUGAAUUUUUAUCAGGCCAAAGAAAAAUUUAAAAAAGAAAUGAAGAUUGAAGGAUUUCUGUACAGUGACUUAUCUGUACUAGCUUCUGAUAUCCCAUAUUUUCCACCAGAGGAAGAGGAAGAAAAUUUGGAAGAUGGAAUUCAUCUGGUUGUCUGUGUCCAUGGAUUGGAUGGCAACAGUGCAGAUCUGCGGCUGGUAAAGACUUUUAUAGAACUGGGACUCCCUGGUGGAAAACUGGACUUCCUAAUGUCUGAAAGAAAUCAGACUGAUACUUUUGCUGAUUUUGAUACAAUGACUGACCGAUUAUUGGAUGAAAUUAUACAGCAUAUCCAGUUGUACAACCUCUCCAUAUCCCGAAUAAGUUUUAUUGGACAUUCACUUGGUAACGUCAUCAUUCGAUCUGUAUUAACUCGCCCCAGGUUUCGCUAUUACCUCAACAAGUUACACACCUUCCUGUCCCUCUCUGGGCCUCACCUGGGAACCCUUUACAACAACAGUACUUUGGUUAGUACAGGUCUAUGGCUCAUGCAGAAGCUGAAAAAGUCAGGGUCACUUUUGCAACUGACCUUCAGGGACAAUGCAGAUCUGCGCAAGUGUUUCCUCUAUCAACUCAGCCAAAAAACGGGUCUUCAGUACUUUAAAAAUGUUGUGUUAGUGGCCUCACCCCAAGACAGAUAUGUACCCUUCCAUUCAGCAAGAAUAGAAAUGUGCAAAAAUGCACUUAAGGACAGACACACAGGUCCUGUUUAUGCAGAAAUGAUUAACAACCUGCUUCAGCCUUUGAUUGGGGCGAAGGACUGCACUUUGAUCAGACACAAUGUGUUCCAUGCUCUGCCAAACACCGCCAACACGUUGAUAGGCCGGGCUGCCCACAUUGCUGUGCUGGACUCUGAACUUUUCCUGGAGAAGUUUUUCCUCGUGGCAGGACUCAACUACUUCAAAUAGUGCCUGAAGUAUGGGGUAACAGAGGCAAAACUUUUCAUUGAGUGGAGGAGAAUCCCUUAGCCAAAAGAGCAAAGUGUUAAAAAUGAGAUCAGGUGGGACUUUCAGACUCUCCAUUUCCAUUUCUGUUUCAGAGAGUAAAGUGCUAUGGCUUUAAGGCAUUCAAGCUUCCAAAUAUUGGUGCUUUUGGAAGAAAUAGAUAUUCCUCUCCAGUUUCUAUGUUCUUUGUCCACAUAAAGACAUGAGACACUUCUGAAAUACUGAAUCAGAAUAAGAAGGCUAAUUCUCUAAAUAUGAUUGGACCAAUAUGAUUCCCGUUUCUCCUGAAUAUUAACCCGGGAACUUGGCUGUCCUUGAUUUAAUGCUUAUUUACGUAUUAACAAAGUUAUGCAUUUGUAGCACUUUUGGGGUAGUUAACACAUAAGGAAACAAGCAUAUAUGAACUCAGGUUAAAACCUCCUUUGUGAUAAACUGGGAAGUCUGAAAAACAUUUAUGAAAGUUUCAAUGUUUCCAUUUGUUGAAAGAAAAUAUUUGGAUGGUUCCAUUACUGGUAAUAAUUUGUAACACACAUACAUUCAAAUAAUAGAAAAGAGUGAAAUAUUUAAAUUAGAAUGAAGAAAUCUUGAUAUUUGUCUUUUAAAAAGCCCAGAAUUUAAGUUGGGAAGAAUUUUGUUCAAGUUAGAAGCUGCCAAACCAAGAGGAGCCUAUUGGAUUACUUGUAUCAGUGGCAUCUGUGAAGAUUUCUUCUGUUUACAUUUAUAGAGGAUCAUUAUUGUGCUUGUUAUAACCUUAGAGAUACAAUUUUUACUUUCGCAUUUGUAUCUAAGUACAUUUACCCCAACAAAUUUUAAUUUUUUUAAAAUCUAUUAUGCUGAUAUGAAAUUCAAAAUCUAGCCAGUAAUACCCCUAAAAAAACCCCAUCAGAUGAAAAUGGGCCAGGGAUAUAGAGUGAUAAGGAUUGUGGAAAGCUUAAAAAAUAUAAUGAUGUCUUCUUAAGCUCCUCUGCAAUGCUUUAUCAGUGCUUUACUAAUGUCCAUUCGCGUUGCUAUAUACAAUCCUAAUUAUUAUAUGGUUACAGCUGGUUGAAACAUUUAAAACUUUAUUCAUACAAAUAUAUCCAAGUUGUUUUUAAGGGUUUGGAAAAGAACCCAUUUUUCACUUUUUUAGGUUUUUUUUCCCCAAUUUUUCAUUCAUUUUUUAAUCAAAAAGUUAUCAAAGAUAAAAAGUCAAAUUUCAAUAACUUUCUAUGCAUUUUCAUAACAUUUUGAUAAAUUUUCAAUGUCACAGCAGUUUUUUUCAAAAAAGAGAAGGUGAAUAAUUCUUCACAAUUAUUUUUGUUCAGAAGGCAGGCAAUUUUUUAAUGCAAAUAUAAUUUGUUCAAAACCAUAAGCGAUCAGUCCUGUAUAUCUUGUGAUAAAAACUAUAAAAAAAUGAAAAAGGUGGUUUCAGGUGUCAAUACUCGUAUUAGUAAGUUAAGAUCAAGAUAGUAGGCGUUUCUGAAAUGAGAGUUUAAAAAUGAAAACAAAAAACCUUGCAACCACAGGCAAAUAUUUCUACAUGCAAAAAGUAAACCUGGUUUUUUUCAAAUGAAGAAAAUUGGAAACCUUACACAGAAUGAGUUCAAGGGAAGAGUUGCAAUGAAACUGGUAAAGGCUGUUAAAGAACGAAGCUGGUUUGAUAAUGUAGGCACAUUUCUAAAAUAGAAAUUAGAAAGAAUAUACAAAAGGCUGAGAUUAAGAUCAUCUUGAAAUAGGAAGGUAUAUUGCACCUAAAAAUCAUCUGGUCUCCAAAGGGCAGAAAUUAUAUACAGUUACAUGGUGUGUUUCAACAUUGACAAGUGUUUUUAAACAUUAAACAUUACCUCAGUACUUGAAUAAAAUACAUAAAUACUAUUUUGUCUUCCCCCCC